AUGGCGUACGCGACGCAGCUGCAGAGCAAGUUCGCCGGCAAAGUCGGCGAGCCUGUACCAGAGUUCAACUCCGACCACCCUCUACACCCAGCGAUCGUCCACUUCCCAAUCGCCUUCAACACGCUCUCCUGGGGCCUGGACAUCGUGUACGCGUUGACCACGCUCUGGAUCAAGCCCGAGUUUCUGACCACGCGCUUCGGCGAGGCCUCGACCCUAGUCGACCUGACGCGGCUCUCGUAUUUCCUCCUGUGUGCAGGCCUGGUCACCACUGUCCCGGCCAUCAUGUCCGGCAAUGUGCAGCUGGUGGGGAUGAUCAAGAAGAACGGCGGGCCGUGGGAGAAGGACAGCCAGGGAAAAGCGAAGAGUACCAUGGUCCCACGCAUCAAGGCCACCAUCACCCACGCCCUCGUCAACGACGUCGUCUUCGCCGCCAAUCUGUAUAGCUGGUACAUCCGCAAGAACAACGGCACGGUCGCCAAAGUCCCAUCCGAGACCAAUCUGGUGCUGAGUGCUGUCUUGUUGCCGCUGCUGCUGGCCUCGGCCAAGAUCGGCGGCUCCCUCGUCUUCAACCACGGUGUCGGGCUGAAUCUGGGGAGGAAGAAGUGGGAAUAA